UCAAGCCUGUAUCCCUGGAAACCACGUGUAACAAACACAUGGCCCGCAUUGACGUUCUCUAACUUUUAGGCCAAAAGGGGUUGCUGCACAUUAGCUAUCCAUUUAGAUAGACAGCAGUCCUAAGGAAAGUAGCAUAUACAGGACUAGUUUGGAAAGUUAUUUAAAUAAAUACGAAUAAAACAAGUAAAUCGAAAAUCUUCGUGGAAUCCUAUACAAACCAAGUUCCGCAACCGCAAUGGCAGAGGACAAUUCCUGGGUGUUUGAUUCGCUGGUGUGCUUCCUGCACGGUCCGGUUUGGAAUGCACCGCUUCAAACCUUCAUCGAGGACAAAUCGAUUAUUUUCGAUCCAAACGUAAAGCCCGAUGAAAACAAUCCGGAGUUCCGGAAAGUCCAUGACGAGUACAAAAAUCUGGUCGACUACAUGCUCGGUUCGUUCAUGGAGGAAAUGCAAAUCACGCCGGAACAGUUCGAAUUUGCCUGUCUGGAGGGUCGCAAUUCGGCGGCCAUGUCCCAGUCUCCAGCGCACAAUAAUGGUGCUGCUGGUGACAAGGAAGGCCGCUCGUUCUCCUUCCAUCAGGGAUUGUUUCAGCAGAUUUGGGCCGCCAACGACAUUCGGAUAUUUAUCCGCAUGAUGACGCAACGGAACGUGGAGAUACAGUUGCAGGCGUUGGAUUUGAUCGAACGGAGACAGGCCUCCCAGUCGUCGUCAGUGGAAAAGGACGACUUUGGAGGGUCGGAGCCAUUGGUCGCCAAGCGGAAGGAAGAACAGAACCCUGCUAUCGCUUCAGCCGAGGGCAUAGGUGAUUCGGCUACCGAAGAGGAAAUUGAACAGGAUAUCAUCAAAUCUGUGGACGAUGAGGUUAAGGAAACGGCUCCGUUUGCACCGAAACCCGUUGCCGAUGCAGUGGGUGAUGAUGUUUUACACGAAACCAAUGACAAAUUUCAACGUCUGAAUUUGUUUUUCGAACAGGACAGAAUCAACACAGCCGAUAUGCGUGCCCGACAGGAACACCUUCGCACCCAGCGGGACAAGAUUCUUCAGAUCAAGAAGCAAGCUCGUGCACGCCAGCUGAACGAAUCCAUCAAAAAGAACAACGAACAACGCCCUGCAUCGGCCCAGGUUGCGCAGAAACUGCUGGAAUCCGAUGCGACCGUUGGUUCCGUCGUUCUUUCGGAUCCUCCGGAGUCGUCGCUACAGCUGCGUAAGAUGCUGGCACAACGACUCCGCACCGAAGUCAUCGAUGACAAUUAGGAUGGGAGGAGAGCUUGAUUAAAACCUAGGGAUGUCACUCUCUAUAGCAUUUGAAGUUUUGUUGUGGAAUUAUUCACGUCCAUUUGGUUUUAACGCAGUUAUGCAGUCAAAGGUAUAACCUAAAAUGCUACUUAUGGUAGGAGAAAUGAAUCAAAAGUGUUUUUGCUACUCGUGGCUUGCGUAAUCGUGCAUUGAAUCAACACUAAUACUCAGCAAAUAUGCCGUUUGUGAUAUAACUGUACUUGCCUUAGAGAACCAAUAAAGAUUCGAAUUUUUGGCAGUAUGGGAGGGAUUUGAUAUAAUCCGAAAUAAAAAAAAUCCAUUUUACCUUACCAGAUGUUGUUUUAUUUCUCUUCCUCCAUUAAAAUGCUUAAGAUUUACUAAAUUGUCAAACAUUGUCGAAUUCUUCGCUAAUCCAAAGCCACAACGACUGUUGUUGUAUCGAAAUCAUUCCCAAUCUGAUCCACUUGCGCUUUCCUCCAUCCGGAUGGUUUAAUUGUUAAUGUAUUUUAGAUGCUUUAUAUCAAAAGAAUGCACAGAGAAUUGUUUCAAAUUUGUCACUUGUGUUUGAAUCGCGAGUUUUGACCUAUUUUCUUCCUGUGUUGUAUAAUUGUCCUAUUAGCUAUGUUUUAAUGUUAAUCCAAUUAGGGUGUUGAGUUUUAGCUUCUUCAUCUAGUUGGCUUGCUUUCGUAUGAUGGGUUAGCGAUCUCCCCCGUUUUUCUAUCCGUAUUCAUUCAUCUACUAAAAUGGUUACGUGAAUGGCAUUCUUGAUUUGUUGCUUGCUUUGAUUCUACUUUUGGUUGCGACGAUUUUUUUUCUAGUAGGGGAACAAAGCCCAAAAUGCCAAGAUGGGGUAAAAUGGCCUAACCCAUAAAAUCAUUUCUGAAUGGGGCUUGAUCAUUACUAUAGGUGAAUGGUGUCAAGAUAUGUUUGCAUCGAACAUUCUUCUAGAAGCUAGGCCACCAAACCCACGAAAAAUCUUUUGAUUUCCCAAUGAAAAUUGGCAACUUCCGGUUUUUCGUGCUUGCAAUUAAGGUUUUCUGGUGAUUUUAUUACCAGCCAAGUGUUUCCAACUAGAUUGAGGCACGCAUGGAGACGCAUGGUUGUUGAUGUCUACGUUUUCCAUGUUAGGGGUCAUUCAAAUAUUAUGAUCAUCGUUUUGCGCGGAGGGGGGUAACACUUCUUUUAUUGAGUAUACGAAAAAAGCGGGACGGAGGGGGGAAAGGAGUCGGAAAUGCCCGAAAACUGAUGGACGUAAUUUUUGAAUGUUUUCAUGAAGUGGCAUCUUACCCCAUGGCAGAUGGUCGUUUUGCACCACUUCCGUUUUACGAAUCAGUUUUUAAAAUCGUUGAAAAUCGAUGAAAAUGCAAUAGUUUAGUGAAUAGUUUUACUGAAGUAUCGAGCAAAUAUUGUCUAGUUGCUGUUACCACUUUGAAAGCCUAACAAAUAAGGCUAAUUAUCAACGAAAACGAUGAAAGAUUGAAAAAUGGCAUUUUACCCCACUUGACCCUAAGCUUGUUUUUUUUUGUUGUUCUCUAUAGGAUAAUUCAAAAGAAAUGUUGCUCCAAGAUGGCGGCGUUCAGCUUGACAGAACCAGAAUGCAAUGAAAAUUUAACGGUCAAACCAAAUCGUUUUCUAUCUGGUUUAAUGAUGGUGGUGUAGUUGUAGAAUUUGUGUAUACAAUCGCAAACUGUUUUGCUGCUGUUUGUUUUGCUAACCCUUCCAACAUUCAAAGCGCGGUGCAUGUUUGUUUUGAAUCAAGAGUGGCUGACCUUCGUUUGCUGCUUAACAUUAGUAUAAAUACUGAUGACCUACUACGAUUACUGAAAGUUGUGUUCUUGAUUUUCGACUUCUUCUGUUUUCUUCUUCAUUUAUUUACUAGUAGUAGUUUUAAUUGUAUCUUUACUUGCAAAAAUAAGGCUUUUUACAACAAUAUUCUUACGUCUGUUAUCUUUACUUAUGAGUAGAGUGUAUUCAUUCUUACAUAAUACGGUAACACAACAUAAAUGUUAUGGCUGACAAACUAGAGGAAGUGAUUCUGGUUUAGUUGUUUUGGACAUUUGACGAUAGACGCCAAAAGAAACUGGAUUUCAUUUUACUUAGCUAGUCAAAUUCGUUCGUACCUCAGUAGGUCGUAAGAGUUUAUACCAGGACCCUGCAUGUCGCGGUUGCCGGGAUAAAAGUUUCAGUUUUUGACGUUUCAUGGGUUCAUACGCAUGGCUUAUGCCGAAUUCGUUUUUGAACCUGGGUUGGAACUGAAUCGGCGGAAAAUGUGUAAACAAACAACGUCAAACAAACUUUAGUACAAGCGAAACCGAUGUCGGGUUGGGGUUGAAACUGUGAUCUGAUCCAGUUCCAACCCAGGUUGGAACUGAAUCAAAAACGAAAACGACAUUAGAUUUUGCUAAUUCAGUUGACAAAGACUGUGGACCACAUCGAGAAUCGAACCUAGAUACCCUUAGCAUAGUUUUACUUGAUAGCUGGGCAGGCAGAGCUAUAUGGGUCACUUCUUUUUAUUUUAGAUUUUUUUAGGACCGUAGAUAAAAAAAAAUAAUAAUCUUAGACCUUCUCCUCCUUGUUAUGUGUGGAACGUGGACUAUGGCCAUAACCCCUUCUUCCCUCCAAAAAGUCUACGUGGUUAAUGAAUGAAAUUUUCCAGAAAAUUCUUAGGAACUUCUUCUGUGAUUUUACGCAAAACUUUGUCAGUUUUUUUUU